GCCACACCUCACAAAGGGAAGGCUGUCAGAGCCGCAGCUGAUCUCACUUUCCCUCCAGCCCCGGUGUCUGCUGCUGCUCUCUGAUAAAUCUUGAAGCUGCUGCUGUGAACUCAUUUGGAUUCUAUCAUUUCAGAGGAUUUAAUGCUUUUUUUCUUCUUCAGCUUCUGAGGAUACAAUUAUUUUGCUUGUGUGGUUGUUUUUUUUUUUUUUUUUUUAGUUUGAACUCCCUGGAAUCCUCCUAAUUACAUUGUCAUCACUCUGAGGUGGGCUAUAUUUGGGGUUUCCGUCCUCUGACUGUCUACAUCGGUCCAGUUUUUUUGUCUGGAUGCCCCAGGAUUAUCCUCAGGCUGCAAUUCCUCCUCCUGCCUGCAGGGCGGUAGCAGAGAUUGACAGCCGGCCGCUGGACAGGCGGACUAUCGGCAUGAGCGACUUUUGGCACAAGAUGGGCUGCUGCGUCGUUGCCAAACCACCACCGAAGAAGAAAAGGAGGAAGAUCGAUCGCACCAUGAUCGGGGAACCAACAAACUUCAUCCACCUCACACACAUCGGAUCCGGAGAAAUGUCCGAGGGCAUGCAGCCGUCUGGAUCAGUCCAGGAGCAGAUGAGAUCCAAAGGCCCAAACAUGAAUGGCAGGAACAGCAUGUUAUAGCCGGAGCGUAUUAAAUUCACCCAGACCAGCUGACUGACUUCCUUCGCACGCUUAAUCUCUGAGCUGUUCCUUCAACAUUCAACCACCAACUGAAGGCUUGGACACCUUUUUUUGCCCUGCUGAAGUGUCCUUGAAGAAUGGCUGCACCGUUACCACCAUGGUGGCUUUGUGAUGAGCAUAAACGUUUUUUUCCCCUUUUUUUUUCUUUUUAUCAUCCACCAGUGUUGACUCCUGCCAGGUUUUUUGGGCUGUUUCCUGGUCCAAUAAGGCAAGGACUACAUCUCCCAGCGUGCCUUUGUUUUUUCUCAUUUUUGUUUCUUUAACCAGAAAAAAAAUCCAUUACAGAAAUUUUUAUUAUUACAUUUGAGGUGACACAUCAGAUCUCAGGAUCUGAGAACUAAGACAAUAUGUCUUUGCGUUCAACACUAGAAGGCUGACUUGAAGAGGUUUCCCCUGUCAGUAUUAAGUUAAAAAGAUGACACCACUGGACUCCUUUUCCCAGCAUCCCUUUCAUUAUACAGUAAGUGACAGAAAGUCUGUAUUUAAAAAAAUAAAAACUGAAAAGAAAAUCUACCUUCAAGGAAAUUAAUUCCCAUAUAUUGAAAGUAAAAAGAAGAAGAAGAAGAAAAAGAAUAUGUCCCAGCAUUCAAAGGCACGUUUCCUUGUCUGAAGUACUUCCUUUUUUCAGGACGGUUUAUUCUACCACAUUCUCUACUGAAUUUCAGCCCCUACAGGAUUAGUACACCUUUGUCUGGUUAGGAGGGGGGUUUAUCUUUGCUGUUUUCCAGACCUUUCAUUUGUUCUGGGGGUCACAUGGCCAAAGUGAUGACAUCACUGGACUUUAUUUCUCAGGAUGGCUUAGUCUGGCCGUCCCCUCUGCUGGUGCUCUGUGAUGACAGACUCUUGUUUCAGGAGAUGGGAAAGUCCCACCAAUCCCUGCUACACUGGACCACACUGUCUGUGUCUGUCUUUGCUUGUGUGUGUAUGUGUCUUCUCUUUUAUAUCUAUCUUUUUGGGGACCUUGGUUAGUCAAAAUCUUGCAAGGAGCUUUUAUAAUCUUUUUCCAUCCUUUCUGGGUCACGGGAGUUCAUCAUCAUGUCAGCACAGGUCCUAACAAAGAUAGAAGCACAAGCUUGUGUGUUACUCUGUGUGCCCCAAUGUUCCCACUUCAGCUUUAAACCCUUUUUUGUACAAGUUAUAUUUUUCACUUUCAAAUGUGUCUUUUGCUACAAGAUAUUUAAUCAUGUCACUUUGCUAAAGCUUCACUUUGGGGACUCUAAAAGGGUCUAACACUCAGCAAAUUCAGAAUCCUCAAACAUUAAUGUUGAAAUAUUUUUAGUAUUUUUUGUUGAAAACAUUUCACUCAGCAUCUGAUGGGUAUUCAAAUGUUGCUUUAAAUAGUGCGUGCUUGGUUGUUUUUUUUUUUGUUUUUUUUUUUAAAGAGAUAUAUGUUAUUUGUUAUAUUUCUGGUUGUUUUGCAUCUUUCCAGAUCCGGAUCAGUUAAUGCGUGUUUGAUUUCUCUGCAUAUUUGGGUUGAAAUGUCAAUGGUGGUGAUUAUUCUCAUUAAGUGUGUUUCAUGUAAUAUUAUGCAAAAGUACUUUGCUUAAAUAACUCUUUCAUAAGAAAAAUGCAAACCUUGUAGGGUUUUGUGGACUAGAGAAUAUUUGUAAACUUUUUUUAAAAAACAUUUUGCCUCAUCAAAAUUUAUUAUUCUAGCACUUUGUGAGAAAAAUGCUAUUUUAUUCAUGAAAAUGCUUUGUUAUGUUUUACAAACGUGUCAAAGCCUUCCUGAUGCACUUAUUGCAUCAAGUUAAUUUAUUACAGUUAAAGGUAUUCAUCAAAAACAACCAGCAAAGGAAAUGUGCAUGACAGCUAAUUUUCAUGUCAUUGAAAGUCUUCAUUUAUCAAAAAUUAGACAUAUGUGUUUUUUGUCCAUUUCAUUUUAUUAGAUGCUUUUUUUUCUUUUAAUUUUUGCUAUUGUUGACAACAGAUAAAAUAUCCGAUCAGACAGACUUGACAAAAAAAAAAAAGAAUCCACCAAAUAAUGUUUGGUCUGUUCCACUCGUUGGAUUCAAAAGGAGCGUCAAACUGAGGGAACGUACGUGAACACAGAGACUUCACUUGUUUUGUGGAUGCAGUUACAAACUGCUGGGAAAUCCGUCUGAAUAGUUGCUGUGGAAACCGCUAAGUCAUGGUGUUCCCCUUCACCACGGCAACCAGUCACAUCCUCCCUGACGUCGACGCCACAGAAGCCCAAAGACUGUUUAAGGAAAAUCUGAGCAACUGGUACUGGUCGCGUUGAGUUCACUGGAUUUCUCACAAUGUGGCAGUUUUUACAUUCCCUCCUCUGUUUGUAUUACAGCUCCUGGUAAAAAUAGCAACCCAGGCUUGACUUCUCUUGACAAAAUUACAUAUUCUAUGUGGACCUAAGAGUUUUCAUCAUAAAUACAUAUCGUCAUAUUUUUUCUAACUGGUUAAGAAAAUCCUGAGACAUAAGGAACUGCUUGUGUUUACAGAAAUAUGAAUUAAACAUGCUUGAACUGAGUUCAGAAACAGUUUUGACUUCUGUUAAAUAACGACUUUAAACACUUUAAUUCACAUUUAAAACUGUUUUUAAAUGACUUCCUGUUGGUUUUGGUCAUUGUGGGUUCCUCUGAAAAUUCCUCUCAUCUGUUUUAGUGGACUUGUCACGAGUCUUGGGGUUUAAAGCAGGUGUUGUCGACUUGUUGGGCACGCCUGGUCUGUUUCUCCUCUCGUUCCUGGAGACUGAAACCUCUCUGGCUGCUCAAGUCUGGUUCCUUUUGUUUAUCUCAUUCAUAGUUCCUCACUUCCUCUUCCUCUUCCUCUUUGAUUCCCAUCUACGCUUACAGUCCAACAACACUGGAAAGCACUUUCCUCUUGGUCUCACUUUAAAGCAGAAAGACAAAGAUGUAGAGCUGAAUAUAAAUAUACAUGUAUCUGUUCUGAAACAGUCAAUCUUUAUUGCUGUUAUAAUUAUGAAAUUAUUUCAUGCUUUUGUUGUUGUUUAUCAAAGAAAUUGAUUUUGUUGAAGCAUGUUUCUGUAUUAUUUUCCAUUUCUGAAUAUGCUGAAUAUUAUUAUUGUAUUAAUGCAUCUAUAUAGAUUAUUGAGCACAAAACCUUUCUGUGACUUUUUGGCACCUUGAGCCUCCGUGGGUCCUCCUGUUGAACGUUGCAGGAGUUAAUGAAUAAAAAGUUAGUUAACUAUUAUAUUUCUAUCAGAUUUUCUUCUCGUGACACCAGUUUACAUGUUCAAUCAUGAAAUCCUGAGUUUAAUCUGAUAUGAACCAGUCAGCAGCUUUCUCUGUUGCGGGUUUGUGGGCUGUAUCGGUGCACAUGCAGCAGGUGGAUGAUGGAACCAGCUUCACUGUCACAAAUCUGCUUUUAAUCUCAUUUAGAAGCUUAGCUGUCAUUCAUUUGAAUGUGUGUUUGAUUAGCACGCGUCUCUGUCUGCCGUGCUCCCCCCGUGAUGGUUCUAGAACUGUAAACACGGGGAAAAAGCCCCCAAAGUAGUAGUCCAAUGACGGUCUGCCAGCGUGGCCAGAUUUGAGGAGCAUACUAAAAGACAAGUCAGUCUGAAUCCUGUUUUGAUUAUUUACAAAGUAAAAACUAGAAUAAAGUAUUAUGGCCCGGUGGUUUGAGAAAAAAAAGGACUCUAAAGAUGGAAGUCUGACUUUCAGAGCACCCUGAUAUUCUGUUUUUCUAUUGAGGCUCUACUGCUCUGUAUGCGUUCUCCAGAUAAAGGUCCAUCAUGAACUCUCCUACGCACACGCAGCUCCAUCCCUCCCUGGUGAUGGAUGGAGCAAGGCUGCCCAGUUUACAGAGCCAAAGCUGCAUACGAUGCUGUUUGGUUGGUUUUUCUAGAGAGAUGGGCAGCUAGCAGAUGAUGAGGAGACACUGAAAGUGACAAAAAGUGUUCUGGGUUAGAAAUCACCAAAGAUCCCUUGACCUACCUUGAAAAAUCAAUCAAAUCUGUGAAAAUGAUAUUAACUUCCAGUUGUAUUUAAACUUAAUAUCGUGAAGAUGUUUUCAUUCUUGCCUGAAUGAGAUGCCUUCCAGUGCAAAGAAGACGACCUGUUGAGUCCUGUUGAGGACUUCACAAGCUAAAUCUUGACAUCAGAGGUAAAAGGACCAAAUUGUGAGUCGAUUUGUGAAUUCUUCUUUUGAUAUUUGAAGACUGAACUAUUGACAACCAGGUAGGGCAAUGAUUUGUCUAAAAGUGGAGUUUUUACUUUGAUGUCAUAUUAAAUUACUCAGAUUAAUUUAAUAAGCUUCGAACAGCCUCCACAACACGUGGUUAAAUAAAUGUUGUUAUAGCGGCAUGAAUGUGUGAUUCCUGUGUGUGACUGAUGAUCACUGUUUGUAUUUGCUGUUGUAGGUUUUGUUUCGUAACCGGUUCCUCCUUAGUAAGAAACUGAAAUACAGUUGGACUUUAUUCCCCUUCAUUAUGUAAAAAAUGUCCUAUGAUGGCUGAAUAAAUCUGGUGUUUUCUCCCCAAA